GGCGCCACCUGCGGGAGGCAGUGCGAGUCCGGCGGCGAGUCCGGCCAUGCCGUCCCGGGCGGAGGACUAUGCAGUGCUGUACACCAUUGGCACAGGCUCCUUUGGCCGCUGCCAGAAGAUCCGGAGGAAGAGUGACGGCAAGAUAUUAGUUUGGAAAGAACUUGAUUAUGGCUCCAUGACAGAAGUUGAGAAGCAGAUGCUUGUUUCUGAAGUAAAUUUGCUUCGUGAACUGAAACAUCCAAACAUCGUUCGUUAUUAUGAUCGAAUUAUUGAUCGAACCAACACAACGCUGUACAUUGUGAUGGAAUAUUGUGAAGGAGGGGAUCUGGCUAGUGUAAUUACAAAAGGAACCAAGGAAAGACAAUACUUAGAUGAAGAGUUUGUUCUUCGAGUGAUGACUCAGUUGACUCUGGCCCUUAAAGAAUGUCACAGACGAAGUGAUGGUGGUCAUACUGUACUGCAUCGGGACCUGAAACCAGCGAAUGUUUUCCUGGAUGGCAAGCAAAAUGUCAAGCUUGGAGACUUUGGGCUAGCUAGAAUAUUAAACCAUGAUACAAGUUUUGCAAAAACAUUUGUUGGGACACCUUAUUACAUGUCUCCUGAACAAAUGAAUCGCAUGUCCUACAAUGAGAAGUCAGAUAUCUGGUCACUGGGUUGUUUGCUGUAUGAGUUGUGUGCAUUAAUGCCUCCAUUUACAGCUUUUAACCAGAAAGAACUAGCUGGGAAGAUCAGAGAAGGCAAAUUUAGGCGAAUUCCAUACCGUUACUCAGAUGAAUUGAAUGAUAUUAUUACAAGGAUGUUAAAUUUAAAGGAUUACCAUCGACCUUCUGUUGAAGAAAUUCUUGAGAAUCCUUUGAUAGCAGAAUUAGUUGCAGAAGAGCAAAGAAGAAAUCCUGAGAGAAGAGGGCGACGAUUAGGAGAGCCAGAAAAUUCACAGGAUACUAGCCCUGUAUUGAGUGAGCUGAAACUAAAGGAAAUUCAGUUACAGGAGCGAGAGCAAGCCCUCAAAGCAAGAGAAGAAAGAUUGGAACAAAAGGAACGUGAGCUUUGUGUUCGUGAGAGACUAGCAGAGGACAAACUGUCUAGAGCAGAAAGUCUGUUGAAGAAUUACUGCUUGGUCAAGGAACAGAAAUUCCUGUCUCUGGCAAGUAGCCCAGAACUUCUUGAGCUUCCAUCCUCAAUAACUAAGAAGAAAGUACAUUUCCAUGGGGAAAGUAAAGAGAACGUCAUGAGGAGUGAGAAUUCUGAGAACCAGCUCACCUCCAGGUCCAAGUGCAAGGACCUGAAGAAAAGGCUGCAUGCUGCCCAGCUGCGGGCUCAAGCCCUGUCAGAUAUUGAAAAAAAUUAUCAACUAAAAAGCAGACAGAUCCUGGGCAUGCGCUAGUCUACCAGACAGAGGUGUGCACAGUAUUUAAUAUUACACCCCUUUGAAGACUGAUAUUCAACUGCAGUAGCUUUAUAUACUUGGUUCCAUGAGCCAUGCCUUUUUGUACAGUACGCAAAUUUUGGAAUUGCUUUUGCUGUUCUUCAGCAACAAUUGUACAAAAUGUUCAUACUUUGAAUUUUUCUUUCUUCUUUUAAGAAUACUUUGUAGAAAGAAUGAUACUUUCUUGGCUGGUUGGACUUUUAAUCCUGUGUGCAAUUACUACUGGGAACAUGAGAUGUGAUAUUCUAAAUCCUGGGAGAAAAAAUAAUGUUAGGAAAAAAUAUUUACCUAGGAGUAGCACUUUCUGAAAAGUUUUAAAUGAGUGGUGUGCUUAGAAUUGUCAUAUCUAGACUUAAAAUUUAAGUCUGAUGUUCUAAGUGUUUUGGAGCUUAGAAAACCUAAUUGGAUAUACACUGGUAACUAACACCAUGUCAUCUAGCUUAUAAAUAUUUCAGUGCUUUGUAGUUCAAAUCUACGAGCUUUAGGAAAAUUCAUCACUGUGAUGUCUAUAUUCUUUUUUCCUUCAUAUUCUUUUUAACAGUAUAUGAGAUGACUGUCAUUUACCCACGUCUUUCCCUCUAAAUAAAAUAAAAUAAUUCUUUAGUUUUCCU